AUUGGCUCCGUGACGUCAGCGCAGCGCACUCUCUCCAGCAGCGGCGUGUCCUCCCUCAACAAACGCGAGCAAUGCGAACCGAACGCCAGCGAAACGCGCUCCGCAGACCGGCGCUCGCCGCGGAUUAAACCGGGAAACUCUUCAAAUCAUGGCGGAGACGGCGGAGAAGUGAAGCCCGACGCGUUGAGGACGCAGCGCGCACUGAUUUCGCGUACUAGACGCGCAGUAUGCAGGAGCCCAGCUGAUCGAGACUCGAACCCGCAGCGUGUACUUAACCCCACGAACCAUUGCUCGACUCUAGAACCAGAACCAGCUCAAAUUAGCUCAUUAGUCCGGCUCGCCAGCUAAUUAAUGAUGGCGGGGAUGAAGCUGACAGCGCAGGGCGCGGGAAUCCUGCUGGUCACCGCCAACGUUGGAUCUCUGUUUGAAGAUCCGGAGAACCUACAGAAGACGUGGCUGCGGGAGUUUUGCCAGACGGUUCAGACGCACCGGCCGCUCUUCGUGGCUCUUCACUGUCAGGAGGUCGGAGGGAAGAACUACGAGGCGUCUAUGACACACGUGGACAGCUUCAUCAAAGAGCUGCUGUCUAGUGACGCCAUGAAGGACUUCAACCGCGCUCGUGUCUACCUCGACAAGAACUACAAAUCCCAGGAGCAGUUCACAGCUCUGGGAUGUUGCUACUUCAUCCACGAAUCCUUGAAAAACAUCCAGCAGUUUGAUUUCAAAGCCAAGAAGUUCAGGAAGCUGGUUGGUAAGGAGGUGUGUUCGGACGCUCUGCCAAACACAGCCACGCUGGAGAAAGAGAAGUUUCCUCAAGACUAUUUUCCUGAGUGUAAAUGGUCCAGAAAAGGCUUCAUCCGAACCCGAUGGGCGCUGGCUGACUGUGCCUUCGACCUGGUGAACAUCCACCUGUUUCACGAUGCGUCUAACCUGGUGGCGUGGGAGAAGAGUCCGUCGGUUUACUCGGGAACGCGGCAGAAAGCGCUGGGCUUCGUUCUGGACAGGAUCACGGAUCAGCGCUUCGAGCGGCUGCCCUACUACAUCUUCGGCGACUUCAACUUCAGGUUGGACUCCAAGCAGGUCAUUGAGAGUCUGUGCUCGACGGCCAGCAUGCAGACGGUGAGAUCCACAGACACCAAUGAAGUCGACAAACUCAUCUUCAGAGAGUCAGACAACGACCGCAAGGUUGUCCUACAGCUGGAAAAGAAGUUAUUUAACUACAUUAACCAGGACGUUUUCCGGGAAAACAAUGGAAUGCUGCUCUUAGAGUUCGACAGAGAGCUGUCUGUGUUUAAGGAGCGUCUGCUUGAGCUGGACAUCUCGUUUCCUCCGAGUUAUCCGUACAGUGAAGACUCCAGUCAGGGAAAGCAGUACAUGAACACUCGCUGUCCCGCCUGGUGUGACCGGAUCCUCAUGUCCGCCUCGGCCAAAGACCUGCUCAUAAAGCCAGAGAAUGAGGAGAAAUCAAUAACAUACGACAACAUCGGACCCAACGUGUGUAUGGGGGACCACAAGCCGGUCUACUUGUACUUUCGGUUAAACACAGGGGCAGGUAAACCUAAUGCAAAUAAGCACAAGUGUUGUGUCGUGCAGUGAUGUGGAAAAUGGUGCCAAAGGUUGAAGAAGAUUUCAUGAAAAGCGUCCCUGUGAGAAGCUCCGACACGGGUGGAAGGACACACACACACACACACACACACACACACACACAAACAGAGGACCCUGUAAAGACUUUUCAGCAGGACUGACCAGUCGCAUUUGUCCAGUGCAUGCAAUCAUGUCCAUAGAAACGACACAUUGAGUUCAUGAAUGCUUCAAGAGUCGAGAUCAUGGACACACACACACACACACACACACACACACGCUGCAUUUCCACUAAAUCAGAUGUUCUUCUUCUGACGUCUCAGCCUCGUUUCCCAAACUCUAAUAGAACAUCAGAAACACUCUACAGAUUUUAAAAAGCAUCCUUGCGGAUUUUAGAUAUGCCUCAUAAUAUUACGAGCUACUUCCAUACAGUAUGUAAGAUGUUUUAAAAAGUGCAAUGCAAGAACUCUUGUUGUAUUUCUCUAUGGUUAGGUUUAUUUGUACAUGCUGAUUUCUCGUGCUGUUUGGAGAUUUCUAGACUUCUCUCUGUUAGAAUAGAUAGGUAUAUUCUGUUCAAGCAUUUGUAUGAUUUUCUUUCUCUUGACUCUUGUUUAUCUUGGUUUUUUUCUUGAUUUGUUGUGCCGUGCCGCAUACAACCGCCGAGUCUCAUUUUAUAUACUGUACUUUUUAAAGAGAUAAUUUAUAAUUCGUACCAAAACUAUUAUAUGCUGACAUAUUGAUACGAACGGCUGCUUUGGGUGUAAAGUUGAAAUGUUUGAAUAGUUAUAAAGAAACGACUUAAUCCACAUUAUUGUAAGCAGAAAAUGCCAUUUCAGCCUAUAUGAUUUAUAUAAAUAUAUAUAUAUAUAUAUAUAUAUGUAUAUAUAUAUAUAUAUAUUUAGCCAAUUUAAUUUUUUUUAAUCUUUUAAGCAGUGCCAUAAACCAUGCAAGUAUAUAAGAUAGUUUCAAUAGCAGUCUUGCUCGGUUCUUACAGUACUGUUUUUAUUCUAACUUAUUUCUGUGUAAUAAUGUUAUGGUUGAAUGUGAUAUUUUAAAUAGGUCUGGGUAUCUUAAAUAGCUGUAUCCUUUUUUCUUAUUUUUUAUGAUUUCUUGUUAUUAUAUUAUUGUGUCAUGGUGCCAACUAUUGAACUCAGUCAAAUGUAGAGUUUGAGUUAUGAUGGCAUUGUGCAAAAACACUCAAAUUAUAAGGACCAGGAGAAAACUUUAAAAACGCGCUUUACUUUACAGUGUCCAUUUUACACCGGAGUAACAGUGUGUUUUAGCAACACAAUCACACAUGAAGUGCAUGGUUCAGUUCUAAUGUAAACGACACAGUGAACGCUGUAAAGUGAAGUGUGGUCGUUCGGGUUUGAUUUCUCGUGUAUGUUCUGAGCAUCAGUGCCGAUUGCUGAUACCGAUUGAAUUCAUUACACGACAGAGUCAACGAUCCGUUAGAUUGAUCCUUCGUUUCUGAAUCGGUGGGAAUGAUUUUGUGUCGCUUUGACAGUGAUUUGGUUAGAAGAACUGCUUGUUAACUGUGUUUUUCCCAGCAGGUCAGGUGAUAGGAUUCACUCUUUUCUUUAAGCAGAUAGCGAUUAGACCUCAUGGAUGGCAAGACCUCCAAAAGCAAUAAAACCAUUAGAACUCAAUGAAUGAAUGAAUGAA